CCGCCCGCCCGACCACGUCCACCACGGCGACUCCACGCCUCCCACGCGCCACCGCCGACGCCACCGUAGAUCUCAACGCCCCCACCUCGCGGCAUGCCUCCACGCCGACGAGAGCCACGAGCGGCGACCGCGGCUGCACCCCCUUCCCCUCCUCGGAUACCCCCACAUAUCCUCGAAUCCAUCCCAGAGAUGGUGAAACUAAUAUUGCCGGUUCCGCAGGGGAUACUCAUGGUGACCGGGGCCCGAGGGUGGGUGGAGCGGGCGACCAGGAUCCGCGACGCCACCGCGGCGUGGAUCCGGCGCGUCCAGGAAUGGAAGACGGCAGAUCAGGGCGACAGAUCCGUGCGCGAGGUCCGCGGCGAUGAGGUAUGCGGAGAGUUUCUAGAGGAGAGCGGAUCUGGAGCAGAGGAUUCUAGCGAAGGUGAUCUACGACGAGGCCACAAUGGAGGAAAGGGCAAGGAUGCCCGCCUUCCCGCACUCCCUGCCGGCUGCGUUUGUUCUGUGGGCGAGGGCGGAGGCAAAAUCAGAGGAACCACGAAGGGCGCUGCGAUGGGAUUGCUUGCUGGGAGUGAUGCCGUCUGGGGCGCCACUGCAGCUCUCAUCCUCGCCGCCGGAGAUCAGCCGUGUUUGAACACAUCUCCGCUGGUGGAUGCCCCCAUUUCUUUCGCCAGAAAUUUGAAGAAUGCUGAAGAUACUCUGCAGAGAGGUGCGGAGAUUGAGAAAUUGCAGAACAAGCGAGUUUCGUUCGACCCUGGAGGCUCAUCACCAGAUAGAGAUGCUGACACUGAUAAUUACCUAAUACAUUCAAGACCUAGAGGCAGAUUUUGGGCAUUGGGCAAGGUAGAUGAAGAGGACGAGGGGCUAUUUGCAGAUGAAGCUGAACAGCGCAGCCCGUACUUGGCAACAUUUGCAGAUGCACUGGCUUGUGCUAAGAAGAUGAAGUCUGGUAGAGAUAAACAAAAGAAGAGAAAUAGUGGGGGAGAAUCUGAUUCCAAAACUCGGAGAGAUAAGAUAGAGAGGAGCAUCUUGACAAACAAAUCUGUAAGUAUAUCUUCUCACCAACAUUCUGUUAGAACACCUUCUAUUCGGGGUGGUUUGAUGCAGACUGAGAGAUGGUAUCAGAUCAUUGGCAGGGAAAAAAUCGAUGUGGGCAAUGACUCUGAACCUAACUGGGUGCAGAUGGGGCAUGGAAAGAAGAGGGGGAUUAAAUCAGCGUUUUCUCUGAUUGAUGCCCCUCUUGCAACACGAUCGCCAGCACGUCAGGAAGGGGAAACAGGGGAUGAUUUGGAAUUCAGAGGGAAAAACUUUAUUUCCAUUCGCACUAUAAAGAAAACUGGGCCGGUUUGGAAGGGAACAGGCCAAGAAAGUGGAAAAGCCUAGUGGCCCAUGAAAAGGAAGGGACAUAUACACCCAGACCACAACCUGGGUGUUAAUCCUGAUCUAUUCCUACGCCCUAGGGUUUCUCACCUGUGGUGCGAUCCUCCCCCCGCCGCCGCAAACCAGAGCAGCGCACCUCCUACCGCAACCAUGGCGGAUCGUUUCGACUUGGAGAGAGGUGGGGGUGGAAGAGAGGUUGAUAGGGGUAACAAUUGGAGAUCGGGAAGUGGUUAUGGAAGGGAUGCUCAAUUUGAUCGCCAUGAUCAAGGGUUUCAAGCUCGUCCUCGCCCUCCCUUCAGGAAUUUCCCAGGCAAUCAAUUUCAGAGAGAUGGAUACAAUAACUGGAAUCAUGAAGGGGGUGGCAGCUGGGACUCGCGUCAGUUUCAUCAUAGACCGCCACGGCAGUUCAAUUUGCCGCCUGCUGCCAGUAAGUAUCAGCUGAAGAACUCCACAGUGGCUAGCGGUGGAGGAGCUACAGGGAGUGAAAUUCAGACAUCAAAAACUGUGUCUACAAGUGCAGUGCAGACUGGCGAUCCGAGAGGGGCAGGUGGAUCUGACAACAAAAACCCUGGAUCAGAAAAGAUCAUCUGCCACAAGUGUGGGGAGAAAGGGCAUAACUCCAAGGGAUGUGAAGCGAAGGUCAAGUGCUCUAUCUGUACCAAAGAUACACAUGUUGCAGAGUUCUGUGCCUGGCUACGUCAAAAAAAGCCGGUAGCUUCUCUGGUGGGUUUUGGUGGCGAAGGAUUGGGCAUAUUUGUGGCUGAGCAUGCAAAAGAUUUGGUUGGGAAUAAUAAGAAUGAUGUUGUUGCUUUAGUGAGGCUGAGAGAAGGAUGUGAUUUGGACAUUGAACCAGAGGUCCUAAUCAAGAGUCUGGCGAAAACAUACCCUUGGCAAUGGGAAUGGAAAGCGAAGAAGGUAUCGGAUGGAGUCUUUCUUGUCAAUUUCCCUUCUGCAACAAGAAUCAACGAAGUUGCCAUCUACGACUGGGUUCCGCUGAAAGGAGGUAACAUCUUGGUUAAUAUGAGGAUUUGGAAUGACGAUGCUAUGGCUGUGGGAAAACUUCAGUGGUGUGGGUCAGAGCCAAAGGUGUUCCAAAAACAAUGAAGAACUACCAUGGGCUGUGUGAGAUUGGAUCAAUGAUCGGCUACACACAGGCAGUUGAUAUGGACUUAGUUAACAAAAGUGGGCUAGUGAGAAUAAAAGUUGUUGUUGUGGAUCACAACAAAAUCCCCAGAUGAACCAAACUGACCACACCUAAUCUCAUGGUGUAUAGGAUUUUCUAUGAGGUGGAGGAGGUUGUGGAUGAAGGAUGGGCCAAAAAUGAAGAUGAACUGUCGCAGGGAUACGAGGACUGGAUGGAUUUUCAGCUUGAAGAGAAGGAAAGUAGAGACCCUAAAAAAGCUAAAAUUGAUGAUGUUGACACUGUAGUCAUUCAUGCAAGUACAAGAACCAAGAUGGCAAUGGAGGAUAGGGAUGCUCAUGUGAAGGAACAGGAAGAAAAAGACAAACUAAUGUAUUACAAAAAUCAAGACAAUGAAAAAAUGAGGAAGAAAGAUGAGGAAACUGGGUCUACUUCAGUCAAUGGUGGUGAUGUUGGUGAGGCUGGGAAGGAGAUACACGAUAAAACAAAUGAUGAUGAAUUAGGAGAGGAAUUGGAAACAUCCAAAUCUGUUAGCCUGGGCACAAAGCUUGGGAUAAAUGGUCAGGAAGAUGAGGGAAUGGUUAAUAACAACAACUCUGAAGGAAAUCAAGGCUUACCCAGAUACAAUGGAAGAAUUGCUUCGAAAAACAUGGAUGACAUUCCUAUAUUAGACAGGACCAUGACUUUGGCAAGAGCCAAAAAUCUGGCCUUAUCUGAAGGUGAAGGAGGAAAAAAAGGCGGAGCUACAACAGGGCGCAAAGUUGCUGGAACGAGUCGCCAGUGAGAUCUUCCAAGCGCGAAAAGGGUGGGCAUCGUGGAUUCCAAGGAUGUGGAAUUUGCUGAAGAGGAAUCAUUAUCUUGUGAUGUCUGAGAUAUGAUGAUAUGUGUUUAGUACUCACUGGUCGUUUUCAUCUCUACUAGUGUGUGUCCUGAGAGAGCAAACUAGUGAGAUCGUUUUCUUCGGAGAAUUGCUUUCGGUCUUAGGUGGAAAGGAUACUGUCUCUAGGGGUGUGUUUGGGCUGUAAUGAAUGACUUAUGGUUGCGUUAAUGAAAUCGGUGGCCA